UGGAAACAUCUUUGCCCGACACUCCAGCAAACAUCCAGCAGACAUUUUAAAUCCUCUCAGGGGCGCCAUGCUUCCAGCAUAAUGUCAGCUAAAGUUGCAACUCAGAAGUUCUCCUUCCCCUUCUCCUGUACUACACGCCUUUCUCAGCAAGAUGAGGUGACCCAGAAGGGAUGCGUACAGGAGAAGGCCCUGGCGCUUCAUGACCUUCAGGAAAAUCCAAUCUUAAGUAAACCAAGACCAGUUGCAGUAAUAGGAGCUUUGGUACAUGAUGAGAAUCAGGCCCCGGAGAGACCUAAACCUCCUCCAGGGGGAGACAUGGCAGUUGCCGAGGUCCUGGUCUGUGCCAAUGCUUCCCAGAGUGCUGUGCUCUCCAAGCAGAGCAUGUUUGAGAAACUGACAGUUGAAAGUGAAGAUCAACGCCCUGCGGCGAAGAGACAGCUGUCGUCUGAGAGUGCAGCCAGGACCAUCACCGUAGUGAAGAAGAGCGCAGUGAGGAAAGAGGCUGAGGAACAAAGGCACCUGAAACCAAAAGCACACCUGGGACAGAGGCUGUCACCAUGCGCUGUGGCAGCAGGGAAGAGGAGGUGUCGAAAGGACCUCUUCACCAACUCUGAGGUCUUCCAUAGGGUUGAUUCACGUGCCAUCAGGGCAGGAGCAGAGCUGAAGGAAAAGUGUGUGUAUGAUGUGAAGACGAUAGUACAGAGCAUCACACAGGGAGCCAGAAAUGAGCUGGAGAGGCUUCGUGCCAUCUGGGUCUGGCUGUGCCACAACAUCGAGUAUGACGUGAGUGGGUACCUUGGCCACUCAGAGAAGCUGAGCUCCCCAGAGGAGGUGAUAGCGGCUGGCCGGGGUGUGUGCUGUGGCUACUCCAACCUCUGUACAGAGAUGUGCAGAGAGGUGGGCAUUGAGUGCCAAGAAGUGCCAGGCCACAGUAAGGGCAUUGGGUACCGUCCGGGUCAGAGCCUCAAGAAUGUGAAAUCUGAUCACCUGUGGAACGCUGUGCUUCUGGGAGGACAGUGGUUCCUAUUGGAUGCCUGUUGGGGAGCAGGACGAGUAGAUAUGGAACACGAAAGCUUCGUCAAAAGGUUCGAUGAUUUCUAUUUCCUAACGGACCCGGAGGAGUUCAUAGAUUCGCACUUCCCCGAUGAGGAGAAAUGGCAGCUUCUGGACAUGCCCGUCACCCUGGAAGAGUUUGAGAGGAGGGUGUUCAAGACCUCAGCCUUCUUCACCAUGGGGCUCAGGCUGAUUCAGCCUCAUCAAUGCUACAUCGUCACAGAUGAUGGUGAGGCAAACGUGUCCCUCGGCUUCUCCAGGCCAGCAACUUUUACCUAUGAGAUCACACAGCACCAUGACCUUCUCCACAGUGGAGCUUCAGGGCAGAAAGAGUCCAGCAACUCCUCCUGUGGCCUCCUAACCGUCUCCCAUCGGAGCAUGAAGCUGCAGCUCCUGCCGCCUGCAAGCGGCGUGUAUGACAUAAAGGUGUUUGCCAGACCUGAACCGUCCACCACGCAUCUGAUUUGGGUCUGCUCUUUCACAGUUGAGUGUCCAACCCCCAGAGCCAUGGAGGAGAUCCCAGAGAACCCCUUCUUGUCUUGGGGCCUGCAGCCUGUUGCAGGAACCCUGGGCGUCACAGGCAGCAGCCAGGGCAGUGAGGUUGCCGAGGUGGAAGAAGGUGUCUUUGAAUUGGCAUUGAAGACGUCCAGGCCGCUGAUGUUACUCUGUGAACUAGUCCACUCAGAACUGGAAGCUGCUGUAGCCAAGCGGUGCCUGGCUACUCAGAUUCAACCUAAUGUCCUGACCUGCCACAUCCUGUGCCCCUUGCGUGGCUUCUACCGGCUAUCAGUGUUUGUGCGGGACUAUGAGAAAACAGACGUCAAGUUCCAGAAUGCCGCAAACUUCCUGUUGCACUGCAAAGGGAAGGUGGUCAGUCUGGAUGAGCUCUUCCCUCCUAAUCUGGGCUCGGCGUGUGGGCCGGGGACCCGCACAUCAGAGGCAGGGCUGUCCAAAUUCAGCCACACGACAGCGCUGGUGAGUACCCAGCAAGGCAAGUGUAACAUCACCUUCCACAACCAGCGGGACCUUGAGCUUCACACUGUGCUCAGCAGAGAAGAGAACAAAACAGCUGCCAUCCCACUGUCACGUCACCUCUUCUGCACGUACACAGACAGCAAGGUGACGGUGAGUGUCAGCCUACCUGAUGCCGGGGUGUAUCGGCUGGGCCUGUACGCUAGGCUAACCCCUGGCGGAGAUUUCAAUCCCAUGUGUGACUUUGUUCUGAGGAACAGCUGCGAUCAGCCGGGGCCUCCGUUCCCCUGUGUCUACUCAGCCUGGAGGAAAGGCUGCGUGCUCUUUGAGCCUCGCGUGGGCCUGCUGGAGCCCCUCUCAUGGGUCCGCUUUAGGGUGAGGGUCCCCGGGGCCCAGAGGGUGUGUGUGGUGGGUGAGACGCAAACUGAUCUGAAACUGAACAAGAGCAGAGUAUGGGAGGGGGAUGUUUCCAGUGGAAACGGUCUCCAACAACUGAAACUGGCCGCCACAUCGGGGGAGUCUAGUGACAUGGCUGUUUUGAUGACCUUUGACAUCAAGCAGUUGGAGAGAGAAGUGUGAAAUCAAAAUGCUGCUAGAGACCAGAUGGAUAGUUCUCUGAAUAUAGCUGUUAACUGCCUAAUGAAGUUACUGAUAUGCAAAUAUCUGCAAAUAAUUCAUACUGUGAGCCAUAAUCUAUCAGGUUAAACUGCAUCAACGUAACACAGGUGGAGUCAGGUUAUUGCCUAUUGUCAUAAUAAGGUGUAUAAAAUUGAAUUUCAUGUAUGAUCCUGUGAAUGUUUAAACUCUGUAGCAAUGAAGUGAUCAAAAUGCAAUACUUAUACUUACCUGGAACAUUUUUUGAAAGCUCUUUUUUGAUCAAGGUAGUAUUUAGUACAAAAAAAACCUUAAGAUUGACAAUGGUGCUCAGCUAUGGUGCUCAGCCGAGAUGUCAUACUGAUCAAGAGUGCAUUUGCGCAUAACUAUGAUGUUGAAAUGAUGGUUGGCAAAAGGCGUGAAAUAAAAACAUACUGUGAAAAAAAA